AUGCAAUUUCCCAAAAUCCCGAAGAAGGUCAACAUCGCAGGAUUUGUCAACACGCGAGUCCUCCGUGAUGACAAGAAGCGUCAGGUUUUUGCCAAGUAUGAGGUUCAGAGACAAGCCCUGCGGUAUGCAGUCCGCAACACUUCCCUGCCAGCCCGCACCCGGGUCCAGGCUCAGCUAGAGCUAGCAGAGUCCCACUCAUACACCCGGUCCACCACGAUCAAGAACCGCUGCGUGGCCUCAGGAACUGCUCGCAGUAUCUUCCGGGACUUCAAGCUCAACCGAUAUCAAUUCCGUUUGCAGGCUCUUGCCGGCGAGCUGCCCGGUGUGAGAAAGGCAUCCUGGUGA